AUGUCAAUUAGGCCUCUCAAUCUAGCCAGUUUAGAUGAGCCAGAAACUUCCUUUGAAGAGCUUAAUACAACGCUACCUCGAUUUCAAUCACAUGAAACAUUUGCACCGGAAGACAGCGCGCAACCAUUGAGUACAUCAACGUAUAUACCGACUCCAUCAUCAGUGGGAACUUCUGAUACUGGUACAGUUUUCUCUAACAGUGCUGAUGCGCUUUGGUCUAACAGACAAGGGGAGGAUGAUCAAGACAUGGAGGUAGAUCAUGAUGAUGAAUUUUUGAACGACUUCCAGGAAUUUCAAAAUAAAAAGGAUGACUUUGACGAUGCCAUAAAAACAAACUUUCAUUUAAGAAACAGAUUUGGAGUCACGCCGUUUAAGAACGAGGAUUUUGCAGAAGAGUUUAACAGGAAACUGAGCUUUGGAGAUAAACCUAAGCUUAAGCAACCUAGAUCAAUGAUGGAAUUGAAACCAAAAAGAAAAUUAUCGAAUAAUGUAUCUUCAAGAAACUCAAGAACUGUUAAUUCUGUCAGGUUUAAAAAGUCCAUGCCAAACUUACCUUUAGCCAAUCUAGUGAUUAAAGAGGAAGACAAUGAAGAACAGGACAGGGAGGAACAGCGAAGGUUUGAUUACAAAGAUGAUGAUGAUGAUACACAAGAAACUAUAUUGGCGAAAUUUAGUUCUGAUGAUGAAGGUGGCUUUCUAACGGGAUUUGAAGGGCUAGAGGGUGAAGCAAUUGAUGAAACAACUUCGCCGAAUGAUAAAGAGAGCGUCAACCACCCUCCUUUCUUGAAAAGAAAGUCUACUUCAUCAUUGCCCUUAAAGAUAUCACCUGCACAAUAUGAUAUAGUCAAACAUGACGAACUAUUAACUCCGGGCCUUCAUAGACGACAACGAGAAUGGAACACUCAGCAGGAAUUGGACUCUUUUAGGGAGGAAGAACCAAUAAGACACUUUUCCAGCCAAAAUGUGCAACUUAACGGACCUGCUAAAAUAAAAACGAUAAAACAGCAGAUUGACCAUAAUACUCCAAUGAAGAAAGGUUCCAUGAUAUACAACCCAAAAACUAUGAAAUGGGAAGGAAAUGAGAAUGUUUUGAACAGGUUCAGCGAUGUAGACGCGGUAAAUAGAAAAGCUCUGUUAAUAAAAAAUAAGCUCCAACGAAAUGUAGAUGAUUAUACUAAGAAGAAGAAAUAUCCUGAUUUACAGCAGGCAAGAACCGCUUCCAGAAAUCAAAAAGUCGUUGGCAACAUGGUUCUUGAUGAACAAAACCUAAGAUGGGUUAGCGUUUCAGAAGAUGAAACAGAUCCUUUUGCAGGCAUUCCUGAGAUAAAUUUGCCACCAGUUGGAAAAACCAUGAAGAAACGCAGUUCCUCUCCAUUUUUGCGUUCUCAUAGCCAAGUUAGUCCGCCAUUGUUUUCAAAUGACAGUAACGGCGGUUAUCAAAAUACCACAGCUCAAGCAAGACUUAGGAAAUACCAUUCAAUGAGGACUCUUAACGGUUCAGCCAAUAGUUUAGAAUUGAAUCCGAUUUUCCAUUUGAGUUCAACGGCAUUAGAAAGAAUUUAUCACGAAGAGAACAGGUGGUGCAGAAAAUUGGCUUCAUGGUUCAUACCGCGAGAUGAGACCAUAAUCGGUGUGGAGGAAGAAACUAUUAUGGAUGAAAGUACGAUUAAUGGCAAGAGAAAAUCUUACAUGUACGAAAUUAGGAACAUGGUGAUCAAUUCCACAAAAGAUUAA